AACUAAAAGUCAAACUCCGUUUGUGAUACUAAUUACUUUAUACACUCGCUACUUUAAUAAGCUGCACAGCAAAGCCCAUAUAGAUAGGCAGGAGGAUGAGAUAACAUCAAAACCAACACCAACACGCGGGCCGAGGCUCACCAUUUCCACAGAACCAUGUGCACCUUAGAGAAGCGUGGAAACCUCUUCUUCCUCACUCUCACCGGCGACGACGACCACCGUCUAAGUCCGGCCGUCAUCGAUUCCCUCAUCUCCUCUCUCUCUCAGGUCGCCUCCCAAGCCACCCGCGGUUCCGCCCUCAUCACCACCGCACAGGGCAACAGGUUCUUCUCCAACGGCUUCGAUCUCGCCUGGGCCCAAUCCGCAGGCUCCAAAUCAGUCGCCACGGACCGUCUCCACCAGAUGGUCGUCUCCUUCAAACCGGUUGUCGGAGCUCUUCUCUCUCUUCCGAUGCCAACCAUCGCCGCCUUACCCGGCCACGCCGCUGCCGGAGGAUUCCUCUUCGCUCUCUGCCACGAUUACAUCCUCAUGAGGAGCGAUAGAGGCGUGCUGUACAUGAGCGAGGUGGACUUGGGGCUUCCGUUCCCGGAUUACUUCACGGUGGCGAUGAGGUCGAAGAUCGGAUCGGUGUCGGCUCGGAGGGACGUGAUGCUGGGAGGGAUGAAGAUCAGGGGCGAGGAAGCUGUGAGGAUGGGGAUCGUGGAUUCGGCGCACGAUAGCGCGGAGAGCACGGUGGAGGCUGCGGUGCGCCUGGGGGAGAAGUUGGCGUCGAGGAAGUGGGACGGUGAAGUGUACGCCGAGAUUAGGAAGGGGUUGUACCCGGAGUUAUGUGGCGUGCUUGGAUUGGCUGCCAAAGUCAUUACUCCGAAGCUUUGAUAACAAAAUUCUAAAAAUAAUAGUCUUUUCGCGUUUUUGCAUUGUUAAAUAUACUUUUAAAAGGAUAUAUUUUAAAAACAAGUAUCAAAUAACGUUUUUUUAUUUUAUGUAUUUUUAAUAGUAGUACCAAAAAAUUAUGUAUAGUUGUGGUAGUACAAAAAAUAUGUGCCAUAAUAUCAUUAAGUGAAAUUAUCAAAACAGCGUGCUUGGGAUCGA